CUACAGUCAAUCAUGGAGAGUGUAUUGCUCUGUUGCUAAACUCUGCGCUAACGCCGAUUUGCAUCAAUCUUCUCAUCAGCUGAGCCUUCGCGUCAUUCGCUUCCAUUUCAUCGCAGCUGAUGGCUAGUCGAUUUGUACCGUCGUUCACUUCACCGAACUCAGAUGUCGUAAAGACUUUUAUCGACAGAGUAGCUGCUAUAGAAAAGCUGCUUGUUCUCACCGGUGCUGGAAUGUCCACUGAAUCAGGUAUUCCUGAUUAUCGGUCAGAGAAGGUCGGUUUGUAUGAACGCUCAAACCAUCGACCAAUCACCAUCCAAGAAUUCCUCGCCACUGAUUCCGCGAAAAAAAGGUAUUGGUCGAGAAAUUUUUUGGCUUGGCCCAAUUUUUCCCGUGCCAAAUGUAACGCGGCUCAUCGGGCAAUCGCUUCUUGGGAACGUUCCAGUAAGUUCGUGUGGCUGAUCACGCAGAACGUGGAUAAUCUGCACACGCAGGCUGGGUCCGAAAUGCUAACUGAGCUACAUGGUUGCAGCCAUCGAGUAAAGUGCAUAAAGUGUGGUAAUGUGACUGGCAGAGCGUCUCUGCAGCCGAUUUUGGAGGAUCUGAAUCGAGAGUGGAUGAAAGUGCACGUAGCAGGCGAAGUUGCUCCUGAUGGUGAUGUAGAAUUGGAGGAUGGAGCGCACGAGUCGUUUGUACUUCCAACCUGUCAAAAAUGCGGCGGCAUUUUGAAAACGGAUGUUGUGUUCUUCGGCGAUAAUAUCCCCCGCAAGGUUGCUGAUGAAUGCUGGGAAAAGCUUGAAGAGUGUACUGGACUUCUUGUGCUGGGUUCCUCUCUUCAAGUCAUGUCUGGAUAUCGCUACGCUUGGUACGCGAAGUUGGAAGGCAAACCCGUAUACAUAGUGAAUAUUGGGCCAACAAGAGCCGACAAUUUCGCCGAUAUGCGAAUCAGUGCUCCAGUGACGGAAGUUGUGACCAAAAUUGGAUUACACAGUGUGUUAGGCUACGCAGCAGAUUAACAUGCAGACGACCGAACCAUUUGGGCGCAACUUUCACCGCUGUUCCUUCCACAGUUGCUGCUACCCUUAAUCUGCGUCUCUGACCUGCGCCCAGGGCCCGGCAUGAGUCGGUUUCUAGGG